UUGGCGCCCUUUCUCCCAUUUCCGACACUUCUGCAUCCUUCCCUCUCGCCCCGUAUCAAAUCAAUAGAAGUAAGUUGAACCACAGAACUUUCAAAAGGAAUAAAAGAAAAAGUAGAACCAGAGAACAGAGCUAAACGAAGCCUUAGUAAAGCUCCAAACAAGAAAACUUCUAAUUGCAUCCACAUGGUGUUCCUCAAAAAACAAACUCCUCGCAAACGACCCUCUUCCUCCUUCGUCUCCCCUUUCCCUCCUCCCAAAAUCCCCAAAUCCACCGCCACUGCCGAUGCUCCUCCACCAAACGACGCCGUUGAAGUCCCUGUCACCGAGAAGAUGGUCUCAAUUCUUGCCGAGGCUGGCUGUACACUCAUCAAUCCCUCCGGCCCGCCAUGUGUUCCCACCGACCACCACAAACUCCGUCGCCACCUUCACCAUUCUUUCUCAUUUUCCGAUAAUGCCUCUGCUCUUCGCUCCGAUUUUAUCGCCGGUCUCUCGUCCUACAUUCAAUCACCGAAAAAUCUCCACAGGAUUCUCAAGCCUUCGAGAAGCGAUGGUUUAGGUUCGACUGGUGAGAGCUUAUUCCGGCAUUUGUUGCUGGUUCCAUCCAUUCAGCUAGACCUUCAGAACAUGCUUCUUGAGAAACUUCCGGAGUACUUUACUGUGUAUACGGAACAUUCUGAAUCGUCAUCGUUGUCGCUUGAAAAUGACGUGGCCAGGCUUAUCGUUAACCACUUCCGGUGGCUUGAUUUCAUCGUUGACCCUAAUGCCUUCACCGAGAAGUUAAUGCAAGUUCUUUCAAUUUGCCCUCUGCAUUUGAAGAAAGAAAUUAUUGGGUCGUUGCCGGAGAUUAUCGGUGAUCAGAGCAAUAAGACUGUGGUUGAAUCGCUUGAGCUAAUACUUCAAGAGGAUUCGUCUAUAGUUGUCGCUGUGCUCGACUCAUUUUCAAACCUUAAUCUAGAUGAAGAGUUACAGGAACAGGUCAUCACCAUAGCAUUAUCUUGCAUCAGAAAUAUUGAUGUGGAGCACAUGCCGUUUCUACUUAGAUUUCUGUUGCUGUCAGCAACACCAGCAAAUGUGGGAAGAAUAAUCUCACAGAUUCGAGAACAGUUAAAGUUUGUUGGGCUGUCGAAUGCUUGUGCAAUGCAACAGAAAAAGUUGAAAGGCAAGUCACACAAGGACAGCUCGGAGGCUUUCAUUCUUGAUGCCUUGAGAUCAAGUCUUCGAUUCAAGAAUAUGCUUUGCCAGGAGAUUUUGAAAGAACUGAAUUCCCUUCACAAACCUCGGGAUCACAAAGUCAUUGAUAUCUGGCUACUUGUGCUCAUAUACAUGAAUGGCGAUUUGCUGCAAAAGAGAGUAGAAAAAAUAUUCAAGAAGAAAAUCAUUGAAGAUUGCAUUCAUCAAGCUAUGUUUGAUCAAUGUAUUUGUGGACUCAAGGAUUUGGUAAAGGAGUAUUUUCCGUCAUUUAUUUCUUUGUCUGAGUAUCUGCUGGCAUGUAAAGAACAAAAAGCAAGGGAGUUUGGCAUCUGUGUGUAUACUAGUCUGUUCAAAGAAUUCGUUGAUUCUUAUUCAAGACAAGAAAUUCUUGGUUCGCUAGUUACUCUUGUGGGAUCUGGUGUUAGUUAUGUAGUGAGUUCUGCUUUGGUAACGUUGGGUUUUCUCACCUCCAAAUAUGCACAGGAGUUGAUUCCCCUUUCUCCUCAUAUUAGUGGUAUACUGGACUACUUGGAGGGAUUUAAUGUUGACAAUCUGCACAAGGUCUACGAGGUUUUCAGCCAACUGGCACUAUUCGCCCGGUCUAGUGCUGAUUCAUAUAGAUCUUCUUUUGCUAAUGAACUUUUGAUGAUAGUCCGGAAACAGGUUGGUCAUACAGAUCUCAAGUUUAAGAAGAUGGGUCUAAUUGGCACCCUAAAGAUAGUUUCCUGUCUUGGUGAUGCAAACAGUGCUACCUCCCCAUCCUUAUCCCAGAAAUCAAAUAGUGAGGAAGCUUUGGAACUCUUGAAAAUGUCUUUGGAUUCUUGUAAACAGCUGCCCUUAUCUUUGGUCAUGUUUUAUGAUGAACUGACAGAGCUGAUGGACUCUGAAGCUCUUCAUCCAACAAUUACAGAAUGGAUUGGCAAACACGUAGGUGAGUUUGAAUCUAUGUAUCUAUCUGAUCUUGAUGGUGGACAGUUGCCUAAUAAGGAGACAUAUUGUGGUUUAGAAGGGGAACUCUGGAUGAACUUGGAUGGUGAUAUUUCACCUAUUUGUCUUAACAUAUUGCCAUUGGUUUCCACUUCCUUGCAGUCUACUUCUUUACAAGUCCUUCCUGCAAACUUCCUUUUACUAUCUGCGAUUGAGAGGUUGACAAAUCAAGGAUCUCUUGGAGGAAUUGACGCACUACUUGGCUGUCCCUUACAUCUUCCUUCCUCAAAGUACUUUCUUGGAUCUGGCUGGAAGUCUCUGUCCAGUAAACAGAAACAGACUGUUUGUCUCUCCCUCUAUUAUGCAGCAAACUGGAUACGUGAAUUACUCAAUGCUUUCUGUACACAAAUUGCUGGAGGAUUUGAAUUUACAAGUCAGACUACAAAAGAGGACAUAAUUGCAAAGCUACUGAAGCGAUUGAGGAAUCUUGUAUUUCUUGAGGGCUUGUUGAACCAUUAUAUUCGUCGUAACACUCUAUCUCUUCCUGAGCUACAUAUUUACUUGGAUCACUCUGGAUCUUCACUGCUAAACCAACAAUCACACCAAGUAAAGCAUGUGGAAAAGAAAAGUGAGCAGAAUAAAACUAAUGAUGAAAUUCCUUCUGACAAGAAGAGGACACGUAAGAAUCUGUCAAAAGCAUGCACAAGUUCAGAUUCGAAUGAAAAACUGCGGCAACCCACUAUUAUUGAUGUUUAUAGGAAAGCAGGAGCUAUAACAAGCCAAGAUGUGCCAAAUGAAACUUCUUCUGGUUUAUAUUCGAAGGAGAGGUCAGCUGAGUCAUCAGAGCAGCAACCUCAUGACUCCAAUGAGCCUAUGGUUGUAGACAUUUGUUCAGUUGCCAAGGCUCUUGAAGGUCAGAAAUCCAAAUUCAGGUGUCUCCUGGUUCAAUGCUUUUCCAUUUUGACUCUUUCAAAGGGUCAAGAUUCUUGUUGCUCUGAUCCUGCUGCUGAGUUACCAAUAUAUCUGUACCUUCUGCGUGAUCUUCGCUACAAGCUGGAUUACUUCACUCCCAGAAAACGAUUCUCUGGUAGAGUUUUCAGUGCUCCAGUUGGGUUCACUAGGAUGACAGUUGAUCAAUUUUUGAGCAAAAUUACACCACUGUUUCCAUUUCUUAAGAGGCAUUUGGAUAGUGCGAUUUGUGCACUUAAAGAAGGUGAUGAAAACUGUCAAGAACAUUGGAAGACUCAAUUUACUUUUGCUGGGAACCCAGAUAUCCCAAUUUUUCAACUUUCAAAAUCUAUGAUGUCUUCUUUGGUUUUUAAAGAAAUACUUCAUUGUUUUCGUGAGAUAAUAAACCUUCCAGUUAUACAGAUGAAUAAAGAAAUUCUCUUAUACCUUCUUGAAGCCUUCCAGCCUGGCAAGAUUCCAGAUAAUUUCUUUUCGAGCAUGCAAUUGACUCUUCUCCCUGGGACAGCAGAGUACUUAUAUGUUGGGGUUUAUUUAUUUGUUGAAAGUGUCCUUGAUGAAGCAUGUUCUUUCUCCUUUAUGCUGGCCUCUGAGUCUCUUCUUACUCUAGAAUCAAUUGCAACCUCAUUCCAAAAAUUCCUUGAUAAGUUUAGGGAGGAAAAUGGUAAUCAGAUGCACUCAGGAAUCCAGGGGGCACUUGGUUUAUUAAGGAGCAAACUUGGAACUUCUGCUGAGAAGCUUUUGAAGCAUAAAUGGGAGACUGAACAUCUUGAGAACGGUUGGAAGAACAAAGGUGAAAUGGUACAAAAGAUACUUCACAUUUACUUGGAAAGUAGUGAUUCCACUUCUGCUUUGCUGGAUGAGAUAGCUCAAUCUAUUUUAACACAGGAAUUUUUAUGUGAAAAUGCAGAAGAAGAAAUUAAUCAGGGUUUUCCGACUUUAAAUUCCACAACAUUCAUUGUAUGGUACAGGGUCCUGCACGAAAGGAACUUGACUGUUCUUAAGAGAUUGGUUAAGGAAGUCAUUCUUCUUGCUAAAUCUAGAGCUUCUGCUCAACAUGAAACCAUCGAAGAACUAUUGGCCAAUCUACAGCAUUCUGUAAAUGUGGUGGUAUCAUUAGUUUCCCUUUGCAAGACGUCUGACAAGAUGGCUGUGCACGCUAUGGCUGUUAAAUACGGUGGAAAAUUUGUUGAUUCCUUCUUGAAAGUUUUUGACUUCUUGCGAGCUCAAUUUGAAGGUCACAAGGAGUGCAUAAUCCAGAUGGUGAAAGAGCUUCAGAAGGCCACAAGAACUAUCCAGACCCUUUGUUCAGAAGCGAAGGGCUUGAAACAAACUGUUAUAACUUGCAAAAUUCCUGCAACGAAAAGGUCUAUGGAACGCUAUUUGUUCCAUGUCAAGGCUCUUCUAUAUUCAACACCCAGUGGAUGCACAUUUUGGAUGGGAAACCUAAAACAUAAAGACUUAACAGGACAGAUUGUGAGUUCACAAGCAUAUGUUGAUGAUCCAGGUGACGAUGACACAUUAGAUCCAACAGAAGCUGUUUACGAAAAUACACCUUUAAGUGCUGCUAGUGAAGAUGAUGGCGAGGCUGAAUGAAAAGUCUGCCACAUCACAACAUAGGAGAAUUGAACGAUGAAAGCUACAAUUAAGAGCACUAUAAAUUUUAUAGGAUACUGAUUACAGAAGCCACCACCCACCCUGAGCAAUUGAAGUGGCAAUGAAGAAAUGAUAAAAAACCAAAUAAAUGAAAACAUUGACGUGGCAAAUCAAACAACGCGUGCAAUCGGAAGAAAAGGUGAGACCUU